GAAAGUCGCAGGCGGCUUUUCGUCCUAAUGACCUUGAUCCCCAAACCUGAUAAAAUGAUCAGUAUUGGACGCUUAAUCGAAGGCAUUGUACCGGUUAGAGUUAGUGGCAAGGUAGACUCUGUUUUCACUAUAUAACCAGAACUUAUUAGUGGAAGAAAAAGCUUUGCGCGCUUGAGAGACCUGCAACAUUUAUAAACUCACUAAAGUUAUUCGUAUUUAACGACGAUGGGAGUAUAUGUCGAUGCCAAGAUGUUCAUGCUUACAUUCUUGGAGUAGACUCUAAGCAUGACGGAGUAAUUAUGUUUGUAUGUACCUACAAGUUACGUUGUAUAUCAUUUCGACAUUUCGAGGAGAUGACUAAAUGGGAUGACAUAUUAAAAGCUAAUUUGAAAUGUUCAUAUUUUCAUGCCGAUUUGAUUGUUGCUCCUAAAAACAGCAUUUUGUAUAGUUAUGCACGUCAUAGGAGACGUUUUCCACUCAUUCAAGGACCUAAAAACCAGAUUUUCUCAUCUUUAAGAAAAUUAUAUCCUACAUUAUGCAGUAAUUCAAGCGAUGGCUAUUUACAUGUGACACGUGAUCGUAUAUGUUUCACUACGGGUCCAGGUUGUUCCCAUCCUCGUCUGUUAGCAACAUGGACUUUUGAUAAUGAUGAAAUAGUUCAGUGUGGUACUGCCCGUGUUCAGAACGCUGUGAGAGGAAGCUUCACUGACCCUCCAUCACUCUUUUUUCUCACUGCCUUCCCUGAUCACCCUGAAGCUCCUGGAAGUCACCUUUUCCUAUCCAACCGUGCUACUGACUUAUGUGAUAUGAUUGAACAUACUAAUCAAGCCGCAGUUUAUCAAGCAGACUGGAGACGCCUAACUUGUUUAGCUUCACUUAUCGAUCCCUCUGAUUGCUCUAAAAAAUGCGAUUCUGACCAGACUAUUUCUUUAUGUGAUCCUAUCCACCCUGUUACCAGUCGUGUCUACUCGAAUGCGACUCAAAAUGCUGCGAUUAUUUCUCCUACCAAAAAUCUGGAUAAGUGUGUUAAUGAUGAAGUUCCUAUGAUAGAUUCACCGCCCUCGUCCAACAAACUGACUACCAGGAAUACUGUAGCACAGAUUAAUUCAGAUGAAAGUUCAAAAAAAGUAAAGGAGGAAAGUCAUGUUGAUUCAGUCAAUGAUAGAAAAAAAUGGGUUUCUAUGCAUCCAAGACGGCGUUUGUCUAGCCAUCCUGUAGCAACAUAUCAGUGCACUUCUCUUAAUAGUAUUAAUGUCAAUGUUAACCCCAAAUCUUAUCCAUACUCUGGUCACACACACUGUUUACGGGAAUGUAAUAUUUGUCACUGGAGAGGAUCUGAGCCUUAUUUGGUGACUUUACCUUCACAACCUCUGGACACGCUGAAGUUGAAAGAACUACUCUGUCAACCGUACUGUUCGUUUUGCUUCAAAGAUUUACCUUGUACUUGUAGUGGACUUUUGUCUCUUUCUUCUGAUUCUCAUGAUUCAUGUGAUAAUGGUUUUCAUAAGAAAACGUGUAAUAAUAAAAAUAUCUGCCUGAUUUGUUCAGAAAAGCUUACUAAAGAUAAUAUUUCCAACGAUACUUUUUUAUCAAACAACUGUUCACAACAAGACAACAAUAUUCAUUCAGGUAUUCCGUACAAUAAAACUCAAUGCAAUUUUAUUUCAGCUGAUAAAAAUGAACACCAUAAUAACGUUACUACUGAUGGUCUCAAUACAGAACAAAUGGAACUCAAUUUAAAGUACAGCCCUCGUACACCCUUUUCUGUAUCCGAACAGAAUGUCUUUAAGCCAUUAACGGAUUCUCCUGGUCGCUCUAGUACAGUUUCUCCCUCUCAAGAUGUUCGUCGACGUAAAAGACUACCAAGCAGCUGGUCUACUAUUAGUCGAACACUGAUAAAUAACGGUGAUACGUCAGCGAACAUUACGCAAUGUAACAUUCGCCCUAUCCGCAGACAUCAAACUGAAUUGAAUCGGUGUUUGUCCAAUGGAAAUAGCCCACAACACACUUAUAUUUCAUCUUUGACGUCACCAACUAUCAUCCCAGGAAGCCAGUAUGCUAGGACACGACAACAUACUGCCAGUACGUGUGAAAGCACAACACCUUAUCAUAAGGACUCAAGCAAUUCACAUAGUUCCCCUUGUUCUCCAACCACAAAUAAACAGGGCAGUAUCAAAUCCCCACUAGUUUCCUUAUCACCUUCUUUUACACCACUUUGGGCGGACGCACCUACUUAUGCUAAACCGAAAACUGGGAAACACUAUGUUUCCAGAGAGGUGAUUCAGGCUCUUCGUAUCGACCAACAGCAACAAUUUUCGUCUGUUUCAAGUAAUGUGAAAGGUUUUGGUAGCUGUUCUCAGAUGAAUUCGUCAGACAAUGUAUGUCAUAAUGAAAACCAUUCAAGUGAAUCUGUUAGUACGUUAACAUGCUUAACAGAAGCAUUUGAUGGGAAUGCGGCCUUUCAGUAUAAACAGCAGUCGUCAAACGAUCCUGCCCAAUUUAAGACAUCAGCUUUUUGUCCUGUAACAACAAAUGUGUCGGAUUCUAAUUUUUUGUUUCAAACUACAUCUAAUCGUGUUAUGGCGUCUCAAAGUGAUAAGUCAUUAACAAAUUCAGGACCGUAUAUUAAUAUGUUCCCGAAUAACCUUCAUGUUGGGUUAAAACCGUUAUCUGAAAAAAAUUCAUCGAUCUUAACUUCAUCUACUUCAACGCAAUCUAUUCACAGUUAUAACGUUGGGAAUAAACAACAAGACGUUGAUCGAAUAACCAACAAUAAUAGUAAUACCUUCAAGUUACCAGUAGAUACAGAUAUCGUCUUCAAAAAUCCUAAACAUUAUGUGAAUUUAUUAGGUUUACAGAAAAGUGGAUUCACGGUUUUAAAUCACUCAAAUGCAACAGUGUAUUAUAUCAAUUUUUCACCAAAUAAUUCAGAACGUAGAUGUUUUGCAGACCCAACAUCUGUACAAUUAUCAAUUUCUGAUUCCUCUUUGGCGCCACGUGUCCCAGCCUCACUACCUAUUCUUUCAGGUUCUUUUCUGGACAGACCACCGACUCCACCAAGGCUAACAACAUCUACGAAUAACGCUACUUCCAAUGGUACUUCAUCUAUUCCGAAAACACCACAAUUACAUUACGCUCAUCUUACACUAUCUGACAAAGUAAAUAGUUCAAUGACAAAUAUGUGUCAUUAUAAAAUAUCGGAUGAUAUAAUGAAUGAUGGUAAUAUUUGUAAGAAUAAACCCAGUCUUCACUCAUCUCAAUCUUUACAGUGUGCAUUAUCUUCUGGCCCAAAUUGUUCUGAAACUGAGUUCCUGGAGUGUAGCUGUAACCUAGUUGGCAAUAACUGUCAUGACUGUUCCUCACAAGGAGUAAAUUAUGUAACUAUUGAUAUGAGACAGACCAAAGCACUUUCUGAAUUAGAACAAGAAUUGCGCAUCAGUACUGGAUUAGUACGUAAUGCUGGUUGUCAUAUACCAUGGUCAGAAUGUGCCCUUCAUAAUCAGAACUGUGAUAAUGUAAAAACUGGUAACAGAUUCACAGUGCUACGCAGGCAUUUUACAAUUCCAUGCAGCCUCCCAGGUUAUUUCGCCAGAAAAAAAGAUGACGUAAGUCUGUAAUUUCCAUUUGUUGAGGGACGAAAUUUCGUCAUAAGGUAUCUUUAUGGGAUAUUCUAUGCCAAUAUUUUCUUGAUUAAAAUAUCUAUUGUUGCAGGUGUUGUAGUAUGUAAUUUAAUUUAAACACAUAGAUAUUGGUACAAGGGGGCAACAGACACAUAUGCGCCACACAAAUCUCAUUUGAUUUAUGUGAGGACUGUGAUACUGCCCUGGUGCCCAAACCAAAACUGAUGGUUUUCUUAGGGGCCCCCACCCGGAGCCUUUGACCUAAAGGUCUGAUCUACAAGGCAGUGGAGCAACAUCAGGAGGUGCAGUCCCAUGGUAGACGGUGACCAAUAAUUGGUUCAUACGCCAUUUGUUCCUUCAGGAUACUGGAGUCCAUGUCCACCACUGGUUUGGAAUCAGGGUUUUAAUUCCCCUAGAUGGACUCUUCAUGUCCACCAACCCGGUUAAAGCGCCGGACAUUCGCUUUUCGUCCUCUCAAUUUCGUAAACAACACCCCCACCUCGAGAAGGCAGUGAGUGGGACUUCCCUGGCAGUGGUUGUAUGCACGUGGCUAUGUGAGAGCAUUUCGAGAGGAAGAGCGGACUCUCCCCACUCUCGGCCGUACCAGGGCACUUGGGGUCUAGUCUCCGACUGAUUAGAAAUAAUAGGCGUAGCAAAACGUCAACAGCUCAGUGGGAAUAAGUUUUGGGGAUCGGUAAAAAACAAAUUUCGCACAUCAUGACCUAAUUUUAUGAAAAACAUUUAUAAAUUAUACCAAGUAAUUUGUAAAAUUAUAAUCCUUAAAAGCUAUUAUCUUGGAUCUAAAUAUGCCUCCCAAUUCAGUUACCAACACACUUACAAAAUUCUUCACAACACUGGUUCCUAUUGUUCCUCUGUGUCAUCUGUUUGCUGAAAAUAAGUGUAUGUAUUUCUUAUUAUCACAAACUUUGUGUAUCGUAAGUUAUAAUGUGCAUGUACUCACUAAUCUUUCUGUUGAGUCUCUAAAUUCAACCAUCAGUGUUAAACAGUUUAUCCAUUACGUUGAAAGUUAUCAUACAAAUAGGCUGAAUAUCAAAACAGCUUGAAAUAACAAUGCAUCAUUGGCUAUGAUAAUAAUCAUGGGAUGUUAUAUUUCUCCUAUAACAGAAAUAUAUUCUGAACAAACGAGAAAAGUCUCUCAUCUACCAGUCUCGUUUUAGAUUUGGUACUAUGACAAUUGAUUGACUGGUUGUGAAUUCCAUAUUUUCAUUGUUUGACUAUUCUCAAUGGCCACAGCUAGAUAUGAUUAACGAAAGUAAGGUUCAUCUAAGGCAUAUCAUCCAGUCUCCAGUCAUUGAUCUCAAUUAUCAUACGAACCCUUUCCCAACCAGGUAGUCUGAUACAUACAUAACAAUAUGAUUUCUUUUCUUUCAGACGGUUCAUGCAUUAACAAGCUCUCCAACAAAUUCACAAGGAAAGAAACAAAAUCAUGAAAAUAUCGUUUCCGUGACGAAUCGAGUUCUAAAGCGUUUAAUCCAUUCCUCUCACCUCCCACAUCACCAAAAUUAACAUUGUGGCAAAAUUGCCUAAAGCCAAAUCAGUUGCUUCUAUUUUUUGUAUUUAACCCUAAUAAGUGCAUCGAAUGUUAAAAUCGAAGUGAUAACAUCUUAUCCUUUAUUAAUUUAAAGAAUAACACUAAAUAACAUCUGCUUAACACAAAGAUCCAUUUAAUAUAAAUAAUAAACUACUUAACUUGACCAACGUGUGCACCAAUAAUUAAUGUUGCAGAAAUAUGCUAUUUUUGUAUUACAUUAUAUAUAUACAUAUAUUUCCUUAUCGAUCCUUUUUAGAUUAAAGUUAUUUUUAUUCUC